CGGCCACUCUGCUCUUCUGUGACUGCAGUCUCUGAUCAUCUCCUGUACUGUGUCCGCAGUCUCUGGAUCAUCUCCUGUACUGUGUCGCAGUCUCUGGUCAUCUCCUGUACUGUGUCCGCAGUCUCUGGUCAUCUCCUGUACUGUGUCCGCAGUCUCUGGUCAUCUCCUGUACUAUGUCCGCAGUCUCUGGUCAUCUCCUGUACUGUGUCCACAGUCUCUGGUCAUCUCCUGUACUGUGUCCGCAGUCUCUGGUCAUCUCCUGUACUGUGUGUCCUGCAGUCUCCUGUACUAUGUCCGCAGUCUCUGAUCAUCUCCUGUACUGUGUCCGCAGUCUCUGGUCAUCUCCUGUACUGUGUCCGCAGUCUCUGGUCAUCUCCUGUACUGUGUCCGCAGUCUCUGAUCAUCUCC